CGGAGGUUCGCUCACUGAAACGGGAGGCUUAAAGAGACAACAUCGAAGCCGGGCUUGUCUUAAGUGAAAAAUUAAAUCACUUCAACUCUACAAAUAAAGGACCAUGCCUCUGCUUACUAAAUAGGUGACUCAUACGGAGGUAUUAAGAGAUAAAAGGAUCCUGCUGCUCAAACCUGUUACUGCAUCCGCCCGCUUACAGCAGUGUUAGAACAUGAAGAAUGUUCACUGUAUUACCCAAGACUGACUUCAAGGAAACCAUGAGGAGCACAAGAGGACGUUUACUGGUUGCGCUUUGGUUCCACUAGCAGGAAUUGUGUAUGUGUAAAGUGUUGAGGUGCACGUGUGGGUGGAUGUGUGCAUGCCUGUGUGUGUGUCUGUAUGUAUGCGUAUGCUAGCAUAACCUGCCUGCUUCAGGCAGUGACAUGCUACACUGAGGGGAACCAUACGGAAAAGAAGUCCCAUCCACCCGAGGAUUAAUGCAACGACUUGUUCGGUGAUACCCACUGCGUCUGCAGAAGACAUCAGUUUCUGCUCCUCUAAAAUCAGCAGUAUUUAGAUACUUUUAAACCCACUCACCUGUUUUGGCUUCGUACCACUGUCCCCACACAUUCCCUGCGGGUUGUUUUGGAACCUCUCUAUUUUGCAUGGCAGGGGAGUAACCGUGGAGAGGCCAGGGUAUCACAAGCUUAUGGAUUUUGAGAAAAGAGGUGGGAAGGGGGAGACUGAGGAAGGUAAAAGGAUGUCCAAAGCAGCCAGUAGUAGGACUGGACAUGGGGGCCGGGGAACGGGGACAAACUCUGGGGUUCUCAUGGUUGGCCCCAACUUCAGGGUUGGGAAGAAGAUUGGCUGUGGAAACUUUGGCGAACUGCGGCUGGGCAAGAACCUAUACACCAAUGAAUAUGUGGCCAUCAAACUGGAGCCAAUCAAAUCUAGAGCGCCACAGCUCCAUUUGGAGUAUAGAUUUUAUAAACAGCUUGGAAGUUCAGAGGGAGUUCCUCAGGUUUUCUACUUUGGGCCAUGCGGAAAGUACAAUGCUAUGGUUCUGGAACUGCUUGGGCCUAGUCUGGAGGACCUGUUUGACCUCUGUGACCGCAUCUUUUCCCUCAAGACCGUCCUAAUGAUAGCUAUUCAACUGAUAACACGGAUGGAAUUCGUUCACACUCGGAGCUUGAUAUACAGAGACGUCAAGCCAGAGAAUUUCUUGGUGGGGCGGCCGGGCUCCAAGAGGCAGCACACCAUUCAUAUCAUCGACUUCGGGCUUGCCAAAGAAUACAUAGACCCUGAGACCAAAAAACACAUCCCAUACCGAGAGCAUAAGAGCCUGACUGGCACUGCCCGAUACAUGAGCAUCAACACACACUUGGGGAAAGAACAAAGCAGAAGGGACGACCUGGAAGCACUGGGCCAUAUGUUUAUGUAUUUCCUGAGAGGCAGUUUGCCUUGGCAGGGCUUGAAGGCAGAUACAUUGAAAGAGCGCUAUCAAAAAAUAGGGGACACCAAACGGGCUACACAGAUCGAAGUUCUGUGUGAAAGUUUUCCAGAUGAGAUGGCCACCUAUCUGAGAUACGUGAGAAGACUGGACUUCUUUGAGAAACCAGAUUAUGAUUACUUGAGGAAGCUCUUCACAGACCUUUUCGACAGGAACGGCUAUGUCUUUGAUUACGAGUACGACUGGGUCGGCAAGCCUCUACCUACACCUAUAGGCCCCAUCCCCACAGACACACCUCAGCCCAGCAGCAGGGACAAAGCACAACCUCAGACCAAAAACCAGGUCAUGAGCUCUACAAAUGGUGAGCUGAACACGGACGACCCAACCGCAGGACACUCCAAUGCUCCCAUUACGGCAACUGCUGAGGUAGAGGUGGCAGACGACACAAAGUGCUGUUGUUUCUUUAAGCGGAGAAAGAGGAAAGCCCUCCAGAGGCACAAGUGAAGAGCACUCUUUGAAAACGACUUGAAACUUUCUGGUCACUGUUAAGUUUGGAAUGCAAGCAAAUACACAGUUCUCUCUGUCUUUUUCUCUCUCUUUCUGUCCUCAUCACACUUUCUUUUAUAGAUGCUUCACCACUUAAUGGAGUGCAAAGGAAUGUUGUUGACUGUCCAAAAGACUCUAGUUUCUUCAAAAAAAGAGAAUAAAGGAAGAUACAUAAGAUGUGUAAAAAGAAAUCACACAAAAACUCUGAAGAAGAUGGAAUGAACGUGUAAUCCAGUAAUGAUGAUACACGACCUCAGUGUUGUGAACAAAAAAAAAGAUGUUGGUGUUUUCUAGAUUCCAUGCUGAACGUUUAUUGUUCAUUCUCCAUUGAUCAGGGGACGAAACCUCAAUGGGCUGAAUGAUUUAAGUUUUUCUUAGAAAUAGUUCUUAUUGUGACAAGCAGGAGGGCAGGAGUCAACUCUGCAUUGGGAAUGACAGAAUGUCACCCACAAAAUGACAAAAGUAACAGGACACAUUUCAUCUCAACCAGACUGUGGAGUCGUUUGUUUUUCUUCAAUUUUAUUUUAUUUUUUUUGUUUUCAGAGGAUUCCCUGGGUUGUAAAGCAGUUGUAGUGUCCUGGAUAUGCUUUUUUUUUGUCACAUUUUUUUUUUUAUAUAUAUAUAGAUAGAUUCUUUCAUUUCUUUUAUUUUCUGUCAACGUGGACUCUGUAGCACAGUUUCUGGACUCAGGUACUGUGGGGGACAGAGACAAAUGAUAUUAUUCUCUUGUCGCUGUUGUUAUUGCACUUUUGGAAAAAAAGAAGACAACACAGUAGGCUUUAAAUUAACCGACGAGAAAAACUACAAACUAUAAAAACUGAUUUGGGAGCAUUCCCGCACAGGGCUCUUAUCUGUCCAAGGACCGUUUAAGGAAAAGAAGAAAAAAUUUACUUCAAUUUUAUUUCUCACAUAAAAUUUAUUUACCAGGAAAUCAUAGUUUGUGCCUUUCCAAGUAAAAUGUUUAAAAUGUAAGCAAGUGUCCUGUAAUCACAUUUUGUGGUGAGUGGUUGCUUUGGUUGUGUGCAUGUUGUCAAUCACUCAUUUUGGAAGUGAAUGGUUAUUGCAGGUGUGUGUACAGCUUCACCAAAUGACCUCUAACCUUGGCUGGUUUUUAUUGUAUAAUAAUCAGCUCUUUUCAGGCGAGUUAAAACCCUUUACAGGCUAAAUAUCACUGUUCUAAAUCAGUCAGGUGGCUUAUAAAUGAGCAGUUUAUAUUAAAUCAAAUGAUUAUAUGUUGAACAAAAGGUAUAAGGUAUUCUUAAUGGGAUCUGCAGGCACAUUUGUGCAGAUCAGAUCAUUGGUGCACAUUAUAGUUUAACUAUACAUAGCAGAAUGAUUGGUACAACUGCAAUGUAAUUUGACAACUAUGUAUCUAAAACAUGUACAACCUUUAGAAUUGAGUAUCAAAAGCUAACAGCCUAAUUUUACACUUUUUGCUUACUUGUUCUCACUCACAAUGAUUGGAAUUGAGCUUGAUUUCGUAACAUCUCCAUUUACACUGAUUUCUGCAUACUUAUGCAGGGCAAAAAGUGACAAGCCCUCUUUUUUUUUUUUUUUUUUUUUAAGCAGUUUGAAUGAUGCUCAGAU